AUGUUGAGAAUUUGCAGCAGAACUCUGGUGGGGAUGGUGAAGCCCUAUCACUUGGUGAGACCUGUAUCAGUGACCCUGGUUGCUAGCAGAAACCUGUCUCAUCAGAAGGACCUGCCCAGUCAGCCUGUCCCCCCUCUGCAGCAGACCUGUGACAUCUACCUCCAGAACAUAGAGACCAUAUUGGAAGGGGACGAAGUGAAGCGAGCAAAAAAAUUGGUGGAAGAGUUUCGUAAAGAAGGAGGGGUCGGAGAAAGACUGCAGAGAAGCCUGGAGAGGAAAGCAGAGAACUCUGAGAACUGGUCUACAGAAGCUUUUGUGAAGGCAGACUUUCUCAUAACGCGGAGGCCGAUUGUUGGUCUUUCAAACCCUUCGAUUUUCCUUCCCCAAGUGGACUACAGAGGUAAAAAGGGACAAAUAAGGUUUGCUGCCAAAUACAUAGCAUCUGCAAUGGAAAUAAAGACAAUGGUUGACAAUAAUACACUACCAGCUGAGCACCUGAAAGGACAGCCGCUGUGUAUGAAGCAGUAUGAGCAGCUGUUUUCAUCCUGCCGUAUCCCAGGUCUACAGUUGGACACCAUGGAGUACUACACCAACAAACACAUCACUGUAGCACACAGCGGUCAGUUCUUUAAGCUGGAAGUGUACAACAGUGAUGGGAGUCCACUGACAGUGGAUCAACUCUGUGUUCAGCUGGAGAGGAUCUGCAGCGCCUCACUAGAGAACACCAUGGAGCCUGUAGGCAUCCUCACCACCCAGCGUCGUGACGUCUGGCACAAAGUCUACAACAACCUCAUCAAGGAUAAGACCAACAAAGAGUCAGUAUUGGCUAUCCAAAGCAGCAUCUUCACAGUGUGUUUGGAUGGAGCGAUGCUCCCAGCGUCUGGGGAUGAGAGUUGCAAAAGUGCCUGUGCUCAUUUUCUGCAUGGAGGAGGCAGCCAGUGGAACAGUGCAAAUCGCUGGUUUGACAAGGGGAUGCAGCUACUUAUUGGAGAAGACGGGGCAUAUGGCAUAAACUUCUCGAAUGCUGUUGCUGAUGGUGUAGUCCACAUUAACAUGUGUGAGCAUUUUGAAGCAAGCAUGAAAAAGCCAGAGGUGAUGGGGACUCCCAUGGAGCCUUUACCCGUACCCCAGAAAUUACACUUCAACAUCACACCUGAGAUCAAGAAGGACAUUGAGGAGGCCAAGCAGCACAUGGACACACUGGCCCAAGAACUGGAUCUGAGCUUUACGGAAUUUGACCACUUUGGGAAAGAUGCCAUAAAGACUUUAAAGAUGCGCCCUAAUGCUUUCUUUCAGAUGGCACUACAGCUGGCCCACUACAGGAUGUUCCAGCGGAUCUCUACAUCACUUGAAUCUGUCUCCCAGCGUAUGUUCAAACAAGGACGUAUAGUUUUGAUGAAUACAAACUCAGCUGACUCAGCUGCCUUUGUCAAGGCCUUUGAUGACCCCAAAAUACAGAACCGAGAGAAGGUUGAUUUAUUGGAGAAAGCUUCAAAGGCUCAUGCAUGGUACACUGACAUGGCAUUUAAAGGCCAGUCUAUACACAACCACCUGUUGGGUUUGCAGUGGCAGGCUGUUGAGGAAAAAAUCCCCAUGCCUGGUAUCUUUAAAGAUGCCUCCUUCCAUAAAGUCUUUGACUACAAACUGGCUGCAAGUUCUGUAUUUAACAAGUCUGGAUGUGUGCCGUGUUUUGGCCCUGAAGAACACGGACAAUUCGAUGUGCUCUACAGUAUGAAGACAGAUAACAUUGAGUUGACGGUGGCCUCUCUUAAAUCUUCCAAAAACCACAAAGAAAAAAAUUCAACACAUUUUGCCCAAGCUUUGGAGGGUGCACUGUUGGACAUGAGGACCCUGGUGGAACAAACUAAAACAAGCUAA